AUUCUCAAGAAAAUUAAAGAAGAAAGAAAAAUUAUGUCGCUAAGCUGAUUCAACAUAGAAAAGUUAUACGAUAACCAAUUUCCAAUAAGACGCUUCAGUAGGUACGUCAUAGCAAAGCGUACUUAGAUAUAAGUAGAAGAUUUACUUUAUUUUAUUAUACAUUAGUUGUUAGAGUUGUGGAUUUAAUAUGAUUAUAAUAAGUAAACGUAUGCGAGUCAGAAUAACUAAUAAGCAUCUUAUAAGAAACGUACGUGUAGUAGAUAAGAGUUUGUAUGAGUAAGCACUCUACAUUUUACCUUUUAUAUUUACGUUAUACUUUAGAACUUAAGUAGUUUUAAGAACACAAGGAUGCAAUCAUUUAUACGGAAUCAACAUAAAGAAGAAAGAAAUUUGUUAAAGGCCCUAAAUUCAUUUCAUAUUUAUCGAAAUUUAUGGGGUUUGAGUUGACUUUGGCAACACUGACUGUUGCAAAGCGAACGUUCCACCAUUUUGAAUCGUUGGCGGAAGAUCUCCAAGCAGACGCGAGUUCCCCGGGAAGGUUCCUCAAAUUAUGCUGGUAAAUAUUGAGAAUAUUAUAAUUUAAAGGGCACCAACAAAGGGAUAAGCGUGUAGAUAGGCAAGAUUGUGAAAAACUACGUAUUUACUUCAUAGGUACAGUGAACUCGCCGCCGCCAACCACACCGGACAAGACAACUCGGAUUUGACGAAAACCCCCCUGAUUAGACCUGCUAUCGGACUAGACUAUUUCUCGGAUUAAACAAGAAAAGAGCUUAUACAAACAACAUAAUGGACGAUUUGCUUUUAAGAAGGCUUAGGCUCAUUAACGACAAACUCACCACAGACAUAGAAGUUAUUCCUGUUACCAUUAAUUCAGAGAACUUAGGGCAGGCUCAAAUUACUUACAGUAAAUUAGAUGCAUCUCUGAAAAGACUUGACAACGACUUGAUGGAGUACUUUCGCUUGGCUUCGACACCUGCUUCUGAUGAAAUAUGUUUACUGAGUGGAUUGCAACUUCAAGCAGAGGAGACUUUGGCUGAACUUAAAGUGAAGAUCGAUCAAAUAACUUUGAAAAGCAACGCUACAGAGAAACCUCCGGAAGCGAAUGCCUCGUGCCGACUCCCUAAACUUCAGCUGCCGGUGUAUAGUGGAGACGUGCUCUUUUGGUGUGUUCUGGGACUCCUUCAAGAGCAACAUUGAUUCAAGAAAUCUGCCUGAUGUUGACAAGCUCUCCUAUCUUAAAGCCUCGGUGACGGGAGAUGCCAAGAAAGCCAUAGAUGGUCUGUCUACUACUAAUGCUAAUUAUAGAAUAGCCAUAUCAAUCCUGAAGGAGCGUUUCGGCAAGACCUCUCAUCUCAUUGACGCGCAUUAUGCAACACUAUAUAAGGUUAAGAUGGCCAAAAGCACCGCUGAAGACUGUAGAAAGACAUUCAACGAAGUUGAACGAAAUCUCAAAAUUUUGGAAUCAUUAGGUGAAAACAUCAAUCACAAUCAUCUUCGUUUUAUGUUGCUGGAGAAAUUUCCACCCGAUCUAGUUUACGAAAUUAAGCUGAAGGUUAAUGAUGAUUCUAUACAAGAAAUCAGGAACCAAUUAGAUAGAAUUAUUACCGCAAAAGAGGAUGCUGAAAGGAUUUCAGGAAGAAAACGCACGCAUGAAGCAGAAGAUAGUACAGUCGGAACUCUACAUAUAAAUGUGAAACGUGCAAGAAGCGCAUAUCCACCCAAACAGCAACAAGGUCCCCCUAAGAAACAAAAUCCUCAAGGAGCUUUUGAUAGAAGACCGGAAAGGAAGAAUAAGUUUGAUAGAUCAACCAGAACCUCAGCAGGGCUCUUCGAAGGGGAGAACAGCGUGGACAUGCAUCUUUUGCAAAGGUGA